AUGGCCCAUGGAAAUUACCGUCACUCACGGAUCGAAAAGCUACACAGCACCAGACGCCACCGGCAGAUCGCCCAAAUUGAGGACUCACCCGGCCUACUGCCCGGCGAUUCAUCGAAAGUCCCCACCCUUCCUGCAGCUGAUCAAUUAGAGGAUUGCGAUCCGUCUGAAAAUCUAGCAUGCCUUGGGCAUCAGAUACGCCAAUCGGAGGAGUCGAUUAACAGGCGGGACGAAACGGUUUCCGAGAGCGUGACCGUUGAGACGGUGCUGCAGGUCGUCGAUGCUAGCUCUCACAUCCUUCUGCAGUCGACCGCAGCCGAUUUCCCACUGACGAUCUCCGAAUCCGCCUAUGGAGCCAUCACCAUCUCAGACGUAGAGAGUCUGGCUGCGACCGGUUCUUUCAGCAUCAGUGCCUCUGUGGAUGUACCGCUAUUGACCUCGCCAACCAUUGCUCCUGCGACCCAGCCGACAACGUCUCUAGUGUCUGAGACAUCAUCCUCGGCCAGCCCAACGACCACCCAAUCCACCACUUCUACGAGUCAAGCUCCAUCGUCGACCCUGAGAGUGGCAUCUCCUAUCAGCUCCCCUGUCCGAAUGUCGACCCCUCUCGUUGCGCCGUCAAGCUCAACCCAUACCUCCAACGUUACACCUAACGCAUACAACUUUGUGUCGAAUUCUGAGUCCAGCUCUAGCUCCACCUCAAGCACUUCCUCAAGCUGGACUCCCGAUGAAACUUAUUACUCCUCGACGAGUUAUUGGAGCUCUGAAUCACAAACCGCGACUGCAACAGGUACCAGCUCGGCGCCAUCCACAAGUGCAACGUCAGGAUCAGGAUCGGGACAGGCUUCGACAAGCAACCCCGACACGCCAAAGAUUGUGGGCGGUGUGGUAGGAUCGGUGGCUGGACUCGCAUUGCUUAUUUUCCUUCUCUUCUACUAUCUCCGCCGUCGAGGAUUCUUGAUGGGCGCAAAAGGACACACCGCCAUCUCGGACGACGCAGCUGCCGGCGCUGGGAUUGCCGGGAUUGGCGCCUUAGCGGCAUCAGGAACAACUAGUAGAGAGGUCACCGAGCGCCCCGCUAACGAAAACCGCUUCACGGCCUCAUAUUUCGCUCCUGCAUUCAUGAAGCGUUGGCGCCAAUCCACAGCGACCAUGCGUACCGACAGUACGGUCGACUCCACAUCUAGCGAACGAGGCUUCCAAAAGAUUUCGGGCAGGAAACUUCCUCCAGUUCUCACCCACGGCGGUGACGGAUUCGGCGGGGGUAUCGACGAUUCCCCCACCGUCCCAGGCUUCCCUCCUACAUCGCCAGCGCCCAGGCCGGUGGGUUCCCCUGUCUCACCUGCUCCGCCCCCAUCAUCCCGAAACGGCAUGCCUCUCGACUCGAGCUAUACGCGGGAAAUCCAGGAGCAUGCUCCGCCCUCCAGACCUGGGCCCGCACAUAUUCCCGUCUCGAACUCUGUUAAUGUUGCCUAUCCCAUCACCAUCACGCCUGCGCAUCCUAUCGCAGAGCCGCAGAGCGCAAUCCCCUUCAUACCUCCGCGGCCCGACGGACUCGGUCGCAGUUUGCACAGCCACGACGGCAGUCGAAGCAGUCGCUUCACCGAGGGCAUUGAUAUGUGA